AUGGACACUAUCACGGUGACCCCGAAGGCUGCGGGCCCCAUGUCCAACUCGAAGCAACCCAAGGGCAAGCUGCUCACCGGCACGAGCAACUUGCCCCAGAUCCUCUACGGCUGCGAGCAUCUCGAGCCGCUCUUCGCGGAGCGCCGCAAGGUGCUGGUGCAGCAGUAUACCAACAUCAUCCAGACGAUCCACGAGCGGCACAACAUAAUAUCGCAGACGCACCGGUCGAGCCUGAACGGCGAUGGCAGCCCCGUCCUCACCAUCGCGCCGACGUACAUGUGCCUCCAAUGCGUUGGCGUCUUUACGCCCGAACUCCGCGACGAACACUUUGAGGCGAAGAAGCACGCCUUUUCGGUCGAGUCGAAGCAUGGCUGCGUCUACUGCCAGCAGUGCAAGGACUUUAUCUACGACCCGAUGCUGGAGAAUGUGCGGUUGCUGCAGGGCCGCAAGAAGCGCAAGCUCGAGGAGACGAUGACGCCCGAGGACCACCGCCUGGUUGCGCAGCACUCGACCUUUGCGCCGUGCCGGGCCAUUGGCCUCAGAGGGCUCUACAACAUGGGGCAGACGUGCUUCAUGAGCGUCAUCCUGCAGUGUCUGAUACACAAUCCGUUCAUCAAGGCCUUCUACCUGGGCGAGGGGCACACGUCCAAGGACUGCGACAAGGAGUCGUGCACGAGUUGCGCGCUGGACGAGAUCUUCACCGAAUACUACUCGCUGGAAAAGACCGAGGGAUACGGAGCCGUGAGCAUGCUGUUGGGCAGCUGGAUGGGUGCGCAGGCUCUCGCGGGAUACCAGCAACAAGACGCGCACGAAUACAUGCAAUUCAUCCUCAACAACCUGCACCUCGAAAACGGCGGCUCGGACUCAGGCGUCGACUCGGACGGCAAAGCCGCCGACUGCACCUGCCUGAUCCACAAGACGUUCAGCGGCAAGCUGCAAAGCACCGUGACAUGCGACAAGUGCCGCAACGCGCGGUCGACGAUCGACCCGGUAAUGGACCUGUCGCUAGACCUGCGCUUCCAAGCCAAGAAGCGCAAGCUCGAAAAAGACGACGACGGCGGCGCCGACAAGGAAAAAGACAAAGCGUUUGCGCUCGACCUGCGCGACUGCCUCGACCGCUUCACGGCUAAAGAGAAGCUGGCCGCCGCCGAGUACACGUGUCCGAAUUGCAAGACGCAGCAGAACGCCUCCAAGCAGCUGAGCAUCAAGAAGCUGCCGCCCGUGCUGCCCAUCCACCUCAAGCGCUUCGAAACGACAAAAUCCUCGUCGACCAAACUCGACACCAAGAUCGCGUUCCCGCUGACCCUCGACCUCUACCCGUACACGACACGGGCGCGCAGCAGCAGCAGCAGCAGCAGCAGCAGCACCAACACCAACACCACAACCACCAACGGCAGUACCAGCCCCAACCCAGCCAACAAAAACAACAGUAGUAGUAGUAUUGUUGCGCCCCCGCAAACCUGCCCCUACGAGCUCGCCAGCGUCAUCGUCCACAAGGGCAAGAUCGACAGCGGCCACUACGUCAGCUACAGCCGCAAGGGCAGCGACUGGUUCCUCUUCGACGACAGCAAGGUCGUGCUCGCGUCCGAGGCGGAUGUCCUGCGCGCUGAGGCGUAUUUGCUGACGUAUGUGGUGCGGAGUUUGGAGGGGUGA